AUGGGGGACGAUCCGGCACGGUUAUAUCGCUUGGACGGAGUCACUCAUAUAGCCGGGGUCAUCAACGAGGAGCCCCAGCGAUGCAUUAGGAGCAUGCGGCGGCAGCAGGGCAUGCGACUUGAUGACAGAUACGUUCCGUACUUGCAGAUGGCAGGUCUAUACCAUCUUGCAAGGCUGAACGACCGAUGGUUCUGGCUAGACGAGGCCCUUGUCAGUGCAUUCGUGGAGCGAUGGCAUCCCGAGACGCACACGUUCCAUAUGUUGUUCGGAGAGUGCACGAUCACACUCCAGGACGUGGCAUACCAGCUGGGUUUGCCAGUGGAUGGCCGUUACGUGAGCGGGUGCUUGUCAGAGUUCCAUAUAUACAUCGAGGGUGGCCGUCCAGCCUGGGUCUGGUUCCAGGAGUUGCUCGGAGUUAUAACUCUUCCCAGUCAGGUUCAGAAGUACGCAGUGAAAUGCAGCUGGUUUCAGGAGACUUUCGGUGAGUGCCCUGAGGAUGCAGAUUAUGACACUGUGUGCCGAUAUGCCCGUGCGUACAUCAUGAUGUUGUUGGGCACGCAGCUGUUUGCGGACAAGUCAGGGAACCGGAUUCACAUCAGAUGGCUUCCGUACGUAGCGAGGCUGGAGGAGCUGGGUACCUACAGCUGGGGUUCUGCCGCACUAGCUUGGUUGUACCGGUGCAUGUGCCGAGUGGCGAACAGACAUGUCGUCAAGUUAGCGGGCCUGCUUCAGCUACUUCAGUCUUGGAUCUUUUGGCGCUUUCCUCGGUUUAGGCCUGCAGGAUAUGAGGAGUUGAGCUGGCCGUUGGCCUCGAGAUGGUCAGGUUACAACCCUUCCGGAAGCGAGAAGGGUCCUAGAGUGCAGAUGUGGAGGCUCAGGAUAGACCGGUUACAGGACAGGGAGUUUAUAUGGAUGCCGUACAGUAGCCCCGACGUACUUCAGGUUGUGCAUCCAGAGGUUUUGGAGCCUCGGCAUAUGGCGUUGUGGCGCUCUGUGACCGCGCUGAUCUACUUUGCUGUCAUAGAGUGGCAUCAGAUAGAUCGUGUUCUUCCGCAGUUUGGAGGGGUACAGCCCCCUCCGCAUCCCGUCCUGAACAUUGACUUUCUGAUGUCCAAGGACGGGAGAGGCGGCGAUCAAUGGUUCCCGUCUACUUUGCAGAAGUGGCAUCUCCUUUGGGACUCUCGUUAG